CGCAGUUGGGUUUGAGUGAAAACGGCGUAAAUGUAAAAUAGCGUCCGUUAAAGAGUGUGUGUGCUGCGGCUCCGCGGGGCUGGCUGCCGCUGUGGCCGCUGUCUCUGGUUUCAUCCUCCGCCUUUGUCCUCAUGUUUUCCCCCGGAGUUCCUCCCCCUGCGGCGCUGGGCGGAGUUUCAUACCGGACUAGACGCUCCUUUUGUCGGAUUCGUUUCGACCUGACUCCCCGGGGUUUACGGCUGAAAAAAACACACUUCCACGGUCUCGAAAGCAGCCGAACCGGCACGGUGCCGUGCAGAAUCACCCCGGCUUUCUGUCCGAACCAGCAGAGGGAGGGGCGGAGCCUCCUCCGUCGGUCACUGCAGGAUGAACGGCAGCAGCAGCGUCUCCACGGCUCAGAGCGCCAGGGUCAAGACUGAACCAGAUGACUGGAGUAAGGAGGACUGUCUGACUCUGCUGGAGAGGAUUCGCACCGUGUUGCCUGACGGAGACGGCAUGAAGUACAAAACCACCGAGUCGCACUUUGAUUGGGAGAAAGUUUGUUUUGGCGGCUUCACCGGCGAGAUGUGUCGCCAGAAGUGGCAGAAAGUCUCGUCUGAGGUCAGGAAGUACCGAACAAUGACGGAGCUCAUCGUGGACGCCAUCGAGUUCGUGAAGAACCCGUAUAAAGGCAAGAAACUGAAGACUCACCCAGAUUUCCCAAAGAAGCCUCUGACGCCAUACUUUCGCUUCUUUAUGGAGAAACGAGCCAAAUACGCCAAAAUCCAUCCAGAGAUGAGCAACCUGGACCUCACCAAGAUCCUGUCCAAGAAGUACAAGGAGCUGCCCGACAAGAAGAAGCAAAAGUACAUCACAGAGUUCCAGCGUGAGAAAGAAGACUUCGAGAAGAACAUGGCUCGAUUCAAGGAGGAGCACCCCGAGCUGAUCGAGGAGAGGAAGAAGUCGGACCUGCCAGAGAAACCCAAAACCCCCCAACAGCUGUGGUACAACCACGAGAAGAAGACCUACAUGAAGCUGCACCCUGAGGUGAGUCAAAAGGAGCUGAAGGAUGCUCUGAGGAGACAGUGGUCCCAGCUGUCCGACAAGAGGAGACUGAAGUGGAUCAGCAAGGCGCUGGAGCUCCAGAAAGAUUACGAGGACAGCAUGAGGGUGUACCUGGAAGCUCAUCCAGACGUGAACUCGGACGAUCACGUGCGCUCCGUCCUCACCAAAGCCGAGAGACAGCUGAAAGACAAGUUCGACGGGCGGCCGACCAAACCUCCCCCUAACGGGUACUCGCUGUACUGCGCUGAGCUGAUGGUGAACAUGAAGGACGUGCCGAGCACGGAGCGCAUGGUGCUGUGCAGCAAACAGUGGAAGAUGAUGACGCAGAAGGAGAAGGACAUGUUCCAGAAACGCUGCGAGCAGAAAAAGAAGCAGUAUGACAUCGACCUGCAGCGCUUCCUGGAGAGUCUUCCAGAGGAGGAACGUGACAGAGUCAUGACUGAGGAGAAAAUGGGUGGGGCCAAAUUGGGUGCAGGCGUGGCCUCAAGCCCCCACAGAGCCAAGUCUCCAUCAGUCAAGGAGCGGUGUCGGGAGGCGGAGUCUGAGCCGUGGGUCCCUGCUGGACCGCCAAAAGAAAGACGGGACGGAAAAAAGACGGCAGCAGCAAAGCUUCCAGAGACGCCAAAGACGGCGGCGGAGAUGUGGCAGCAUAGCGUGAUUGGCGACUACCUGGCUAAAUACAGAAGUGACCGCAGGAAGGCCCAGGCAGCGAUGGACAUGGCGUGGAACUCGAUGGAGAAGAAGGAGAAGAUUCUGUGGAUCAAGAAGGCGGCAGAAGACCAGAAACGUUACGAGAGGGAGCUGUUGGAGAUGAGGACUCCAGCGGGGGGUCAGCGGAAGCCCAAGUUUGACGGCGAGCCGAAGAAGCCUCCAGUGAGCGGCUACCAGAUGUUCUCCCAGGAGCUGCUGACCAAUGGCGAGCUGAACCACUUCAGCCUGAAGGAGCGGAUGGUGGAGAUCGGGAAACGCUGGCAGAAGCUGAGCCAGAGCCAGAAGGACAAGUACAAGAAGCUGGUAGAGGAGCAGCAGGUGGAGUACAAGGCAGAGCUGGAGGCCUGGGUCAAGUCUCUGUCUCCUCAGGACCGCGCCGUCUACAAGGAGAUCUCGUCUUCGAAACGUCGCAGCACCGCCAAAGUUCGCAGCAGCCCCGCAGCUAAAGUCCGCGUGACUGCGAAGGGGAAGGCGGGAAGCUCAAGAGCUGCGACACCCGGAGUGGCGGUGAGCAAGAGGGCGAUGGCGUACCGAGCCAAGCAGGACAUGUCUGACUCGGAUGAGGAAGAGGAGAAGAGCGAGUCAUCGGACUCUGACGAAGACGACGAGACGUCAGGAAGCACAGACAGCGAUGACGAUGAGAACGACGAUGAGGAAGACGAGGACGAUGAAGACCAGAGCUCCUCUGAGGAAUCCAGUGACUCAGACACAGACUAGCUCCACCCUUUCCUCCUCAUUGGAGAGGACAGGCUGUGCAGGCCACACCUCCUCACAGACCAAUCAUCCUGGCAGACCAAUGAGAGGAUGUUAUGCGGCACCGGCCCCUCCCACCUUCCUCUGAAGAGGGCGGAGCCUUUUGUUACUCGUGUUUGUUUUUUUUAUCGAGUGUGUUGGUUUUUAGCAGAUGGGCGGAGCAAAGCUCAGGUGGGCUCUCAAGUGUCCUUUUCACAAAAUGGUGAAGGCAGGGCAGGGGGCGGGGUUUGUACAGUUUGGCAGGUGGGGGCGCAAUGAGCAGCAGUUCAGGGUUCAGCCGCCCACCUCAAAUUAAUUAAUAAAUGCACUUUUUCUCA